GAAGCAUGGGGAUUUGUUUAGUAGUUGUUGCUCGGUCCUGUGUGUAAGAGCUGGUUAUCUAUGGUCUGUUGACAGGGCGAACGAAUUCUGUUGCUUGCUGUGAAGGGGCUUGUUGUCGCUGUCGGGCGGUGCAGUGGGAAACGGCGAAUUGUAGCGUUGAGCAACAACAACACAGCAAACGAUAUACUGCAAUUGCCACUGAGGCAAUCAAAGCUCCACGACGAUCAAGAUAGCAUACAUACACCUGCAAAGUCUUUCACUGAGGCUAUCUGAUUUACUGAAGUUGCAUUUAUUACCGGCCCGUCAAGACACGUUCGCAGAAUCUUCCCAAUUAUGGGUUUACUAUCCGAAGGCUCACCGUUGACCUGGGAGAAGACAAAAUCCCUGGCUGAUCAUGUGAGGAAACACGGCAUUAAACAGUUCAUUCACCAGUACAGACAGCUGAAGAAUCUCACAAAGGAUGUGCUAUACUGGGGAGACGAGGUAGAGUACAUGUUGGUGAAGUUUAACAGAAGUCAGCAUAAGGCACAGCUGAGUCUGAAGGCAGAGCCUGUAUUGGAGAAACUUCAGGAGAAAGAGAAACUCUCACCUGAUGACCACCCCAGUACAUGGCGCCCUGAGUAUGCAGCUUAUAUGGUAGAGGGGACCCCUGGCAAGCCUUAUGGGGGUCUCAUGGCUCAUUUUAACCUGGUGGAAUCCAACAUGAAGCUAAGACGUGAAGAAAUCCAGCAUUUAUUAGAAGAAGAUGAAGUGCCUCUAUCUCUGACAUGUUUCCCGAGGAUAGGCUGUCCAGAGUUCACAUCUCCUAGUUACAAGCCAACACCACAAGAGGGUGCCUCCCACUCUCUUUUUUUCCCAGAUAAUGUGAUAUAUCCCGGCCACCCCAGAUUCAGGACAUUGACCCGCAACAUCCGUCAGAGGAGAGGGGAAAAAGUCGCCAUAAACAUUCCAGUUUUUAAAGACAAGCACACAAAAUCUCCGUUUGUGGAAGAUUACCAGCCCCUGGGGGAUGACGGUGAGGGUCAGAGGGCAGCCAAACCGGACCAUAUCUACCUAGAUGCCAUGGGGUUUGGGAUGGGCUGUUCCUGUCUUCAGGUCACCUUCCAGGCAUGUAACAUCACGGAGGCACGCCACCUGUAUGACCAGCUCACCCCACUCUGCCCCAUUCUGUUAUCGUUGAGUGCAGCAUCACCUAUUUACCGUGGCUUGCUGGCAGACAUUGACUGUCGCUGGACAGUGAUAUCCCAGUCUGUGGACGACAGAGUCAAAGAAGAAAGGGGGGAAGAGCUGCUGAAGAAUUAUCGCUACAGAAUAAACAAGUCUCGUUACGACUCCAUUGAUAGUUACCUUUCCUAUGACAGCGUCUGUUACAAUGACAUUGACCUCGUCUAUGACAAGGAGUUAUUCUCGGAGUUACAAGAUGCAGGUAUAGACAAACUGCUGUCCCAACACAUUGCUCAUCUCUUCAUACGAGACCCAAUUUCAUUAUUCUCUGAAAAGAUUGAUCAGGAUGACACUACAGAUACUGACCAUUUUGAGAACAUUCAGUCCACCAACUGGCAAACGAUGAGGUUCAAACCGCCUCCCCCUAACUCAAACAUUGGCUGGAGGGUGGAGUUCAGGCCUAUGGAGGUGCAGUUGUCAGACUUUGAGAACGCAGCCUACGUCGUCUUCAUUGUACUUCUGACAAGGGUCAUACUCACCUUCAAGCUUAACUUUCUCAUUCCAAUAUCAAAGGUGGAUGAAAACUUGAUAGCGGCUCAGAAGAGAGACAGUGUCAGAGAGGGCAAAUUUUAUUUCAGGAAGGACGUUCUUACAGGGUCCAGCCCACCUGAAGCCUCUGAGUGUUGUGGGGAGAGACCAAAGUGUUGUAACAUUGAGGAUGAGUAUGAUCUCUUCAGUGUGGAUGAAAUCAUCAAUGGCAAGGGCUCAGAUUUCCCGGGGUUAAUCCCACUAAUGAACAUGUACCUGGAUGUGAUAGAUGUGGAUGUGGACACCAGGUGUACUGUGGCUCAGUAUAUCAACCUUAUCUCUAAACGAGCCUCAGGUGAACUCUUAACCACAGCGAGGUGGAUGAGGAACUUUGUAGCCAAGCACCCCAGUUACCAUGGAGACUCGGUUGUGAACGAGGAGGUGAACUUUGAUCUUCUGGAGCUGUGUAGGAAGGUGUCUGCCGGGGAGGCGUCAUGCCCCGAGCUCUCGCCCUGUUACAGUUCACGCACCACAGAGGACAUCCCACCGGCCGUCAUCAAGGCAGAGGCUAAGUUACAGACCAAGAAACAAGCCAAUAUGACUCACGAUAACAGAGCAUCAAACAGUCUCAAGGCAACUUCUUAAGUCCAGUAGUUCCACAGGCCAAUACGAAUCACAACAACAGAAUAACAGUUUCAAAGCAACUUCUUCAGUCCAGUAGUUCCACAGGCCAAUUCGAAUCACAACAACAGAAUAACAGUUUCAAAGCAACUUCUUCAGUCCAGUAGUUCCACAGGCCAAUUCGAAUCACAGUAACAGAACAACAGUCUCAAAGCAAUUUCUUAAGUCCAGUAGCUCCACUAACAAUGUUAUAUUUACAAAGGUAGUGAAAAAAAAAGACUUCAUUAUGACCUAAUAUUUGGGCUUCAGAUGAAGGAAAAAAUAGAAUCUGAAAUAUUGAGUCAUAAUGCAGGCAAAGAAACAAGCUGGUACAACUCACAAAGGAACUGCAAAGAGUGUGAACGCUUAAGUCCAGUAGUUCUACUAAUUAGAAGAUACAGACUUAACCUUUUAGCUCCUGAUGAGUCAUAAGCGAAUCUUUGUUUUUUGAGAUUACAUUAUUUGAGAAUUGAUUCCUGAAGAAGACAAUCUUCACGCAGUUUUUGUGUAGCUUUGGUAAUAAUAUGCGCUGAACUCUGCACCUACUGGUUUGUAAUGGCAUGGCGAAACUCUUCGUGAUCAAAUUCCAGGGUUUUAGAUAAUACUCAAAUGAAGAAAUAAAUCUUUGCGAUCGUUUACUGUUAUAGUUUUAGCGUGUCAGGUAAGCACAGUGAAUUUGUGGCUCUUCCAAGGUGCUGUGAUUCCUCUGAUGUGUUUGUUGUCUUAAUUGAAAUAUUCUUAAUUGAUCAAAGGAUCAAGUAAGAGAAGCAAAUUAUUAACUGCAUUUACAUUUAAGCCUUGCAUUUUUCCAAGCUUUUGCUGUAGGAAUACUGUCUGAAAUCUACAUCUCCAUCAUAAUAUGGAGUUUCUUUUGUGCAGUAAAAUUUUGUGUACGAUACUUAUUUUUGCACAUGUGCGUUUGACACAUCCUUUGGGUACAUUAUAACACAUUUGUCAUGUACAUUUUGACACACCUAUUGUGUACAUGUUGACACAUCCGCUAUGUACAUUUUAACACACCUGUCGUGUACAUUUUUGACACACCUGGCAUGUCCAUUUUGACACCUAUCAUGUGCAUGCUGACACCUUUGCCAUGUCCUUGUUGAAACAUACAACAUGUGUAAGACAGUGUGAAAAAGUCACUUCCUAAACAGUUAACACAUUUUAUGUAUUUGUAGAAUACCAGAUAUUGCAGUGUGACAAUACAAAAUUAUUUCCUUGUGAAAAUCUGCACCUGAAGAUGCCUUUUUCUGUGUAUAGAAAGUUGAGAAUAACUUGUAUCGAUGGAAAUUAAACCACUGAAAUUUUAAUCACUUCAUAUUAAUUUUGAGUAUUUCACGUUUUUAUUGAAUGGCGAUAGACAGGAGUAUGAUCAAGCAUUUACAGAACAUUAUUAUAGAGAAUUUGUGUUUCCGCUUUUUGCAAAUCUGAUUACAGGGUACUACAAGAUUUUCUGGUUUGUGUGAUGAAGUGGUAAAUAUUGUGCAUAAUAUAGAAUUCCUUCUGCGCACUCUUUUCAGAUGAGUGUAUUUGGCUUUGUUGACCAGAAAUCUUUUUCAUAACAGAGACUUCUUUAUACCGUGCACAUAUUUUAAUUUAGAAUUUAUCUCUUACAUUUGAAUGACGAUAUACAUGGUGGAGCAAAAGUCUGGACCAAUAGGCAAUUUACCAUAUAACAAUUUACAGUUUACAAUCAGCAUUCAAACUGACUUCCACCUCCCUCCAAACACUUUCUUGCUCGGGAGACACAUGAUCUUUGCACAUUUCGAAGCAUAGAGUUAUUCCCUGUAUUGGUUUCAUUUUCUUGUGUGAUGUUAUCUUUUAGUUCCUAUGGGUCCAUAUUUUUGCUCCACCCUGUGUAAAGCCCGAAUAUACAUAUAUAAAUAGCCUGAAAUGACAUUGGUAGUUGAAUGCUGAGAUGCAUAUUUUAUUUUAUGACCAAAAAAAAUGUCUGUCUUCAACCUUUUAGAAAUGGUAUCUUGGAAAAUGAAUGCUUAUGUUUUGCUCAUUUGGUUCAUUUUUAGCUAACUUGGCAGAAUUUAAAUACAGUUUUGAAGUGAAAGAAUUAUAAAUUAUCCUCAUGGUAAUUUUUUUGAAAUGUCUUUAAAAUGUUUUAUGAGGUUGAUGCAGGAAAAGAAAAAAAGGCAAAUUGUUUUCUCUUUUGGUUUUCAGUGUAAUAAAUGAUAAAUUAUACUCAGGAGAUUUUGAAGAAAAAUAAAAAGGGUGUUUUAGACAUAGACGUUAUAAUUCAUGAAAUGUGAGGGUUAAUUGUUCAUAAAAUUUUAUGACCCUUUGUCAAGAUUUAGAAGUUUCACAAGUACAGAUUGAAAAGAUUAUUUUAAGAUUCAGUCCGUCUCUUACAGUUGGUGAUAAUGUUAUAAAUGUGUUCGUUAUAUCCAAUUUGAAAGUAUUCAAGGGUGACAACUCUGUCAUCUUGACUGGAAGCUGUCAGAUUAUCUCCCCUGCACUACAGCUCGUUACGUGGUAAAUCAGUGUAAUUUGUCUGGUGUACAUAAAUAUGAAAUGUAUUCGUAUAACUGGAUAAGAUAAAGAGCAUAAUAUUCAAGAUUUUGAGUAAACUGAAAAUUUUAAUUUUUCAUGGAUGAAUAUGUGUAAAUCGGUUAAUAUGAUAAUCUGUUUCUUGAAUUCCUAAAAGUUUACGGAUAGAUUAAAUGUGGAAAAUAGUUCAUAUAUCAACCCAAGGACAGGCAGAGUUAAACAAACUAAUGUGAGAUGUGCAUUUAGCAUUUUAUUAUAUUUUUUAAAAUAAUUAGUGUUAUAAAAAGUAGUUGGGCUUUAGCGGUGGGUAAAUAGAUAUUUAUGGUGCCUAGAACACGUUUUCAAGAGUUUCUAUUCAUUGCUCAAUGUGUAUGUUAAUAGCUCGUUUGCUUUCUUCUGGCAUGUCCGGCGACAUGGAGCAAGAAGGGGGAAUAACUCUCUUACUACUGCCGCAUUAUCUCCCCUGUAUCAGAUGCCACCAUUGAACAUCAGCCUGCAGAUGAUUGCUUCAGUUGUAACUUCCAGAUAUAUGAAAGCUUUUCCAAGUUUCUGGAAAAUUCUUUAAUCUUGGCCGUUUCAUUUAGACGCUGUGUGAACUAUUUUAGGUGAAGAACAUGAACAAAUUAACUUUAAAAUCAUCAAAGAUUUGGACAAAGAUGUGAGAUCCACCGUAGUAUUAAUAUGCAAGAUGCGUGUAGUUUUAUCAGAAUUUGUCAAAGUAGAAUAGGUUGACAAUUUUGGAUUUCGUUUAAUAAUACACAGGGAGCAAUCGGCAAGUUUUAGCGGACCAAUUCCGAACCAUGAAAAUAUUGUUGUCGUGAUUAACACUAAAAUGGAAUUUUAUAAAGAUAAUUAUUCCUAAAUGAACUGUGCCUGAGAAAUAUAAUUGUGAUGUGUACUCUCCACCUGAUUAUGAUACUGUUGAUAUCUUAGCACCAUUGUGCUGUAAAAACUCGAAAUGUGCAUAAUAGGCCAUAAGAAUAAGUUUCAACCAUGAUACUUGUUUCUUUAUUGCGAUAACUGUUUAAAAAAGUGGGUGGGGUUUCCUUUCACCUUCAUUUGAGUGUACCGUGAUAUCAUUCAUUUUGGGUGAUAUCAAAUAUUGUAUUGUAUAUACGCUAACUCUUGAGUUAGUUAUUAGUUUGGUUGAUGUUUAAGACCAUACUCAAAAAUUUUUCACUCCCGUUUUGUGUAUGAUGUAGGUAAAGAAAGCAAACUAUAGCAUCUACCCAUCACAGCUGAAAAAUGGACUUCAGUAUGGUGGCAUUAGGAUAAUUUUUAAACUGUACUGUUGUAAACAAAAUUUAUUACCAUGUGAAGAAGCCACUGUUACGUCUAAGGAUAGGCAGACCCACGUGUAUACCAGUGUUAAAAUUCAUAGUUAGAUUUUUACUGGACCUUGUAGUUAAAGAGUUUUAAAUAUAGUUAUUAAAGGUUAUAUUCAGCAUGAUAUGGGCACAUUGGUAACCAGGGAGAAGAUGUUGGACAUAUUUUUAACAAAGGGUUAAAAUAUUUAUGAUUUGAUUUUGUCAUGUUUUCUACCAGAUAUUGUAAAUGUUGAGUGAUGUUCGUUUUCUGUGAUUGAUUUUGGGGAAAAGGCGACAAACAGGGAAGGUUGAUUAAUUAAUAUUAUUAUAUGGUUUUAUGGUGAUUAGGGCAUUACAAUAUAUAUCUGCAUGUAAAGAAAGUAUAUAUCACGUUUGUAUAUAUUACCAGAUAUGUAUAGAUUUGCACCACAUCCUCAGACACAGGGACAAAAUUAAAAAGUUCUUUGUUU